ACAUAUUAUAACCAAUACAAUUCAUGUCAAAUCAGAAUAUAUAUAAAAAGGCUUCUGUAUGAUCAUAGAAACAAAACAAAACAGAAAAAAUAAGAGUGUAUAGAAUUACAUAAUCAUAUUGAUAAUACAUAUAGAGUGAUAAGUUGCUGUGAUAUUCAAGCAGUUACAGCUGUUACUCCUAGUGGAGCAUAGGUUGCCCACUAACAUUCUUCAACGCAUUACUAUCCUCAAUAAUUCAAUCACGCACUCUAAUCACAUUAUAAUUAAACAAUGCGUGAAUGUAUUAGUUUACAUAUUGGUCAAGCUGGUGUACAAAUGGGUAAUGCAUGUUGGGAAUUAUAUUGUUUAGAACAUAAUAUACAACCAAAUGGUUAUAUAAUCACUAAUGAUAUUAAUCAUAAAAUCGAUGGUGCAUUUAAUACAUUUUUUAUGGAAAUCAAUUCUGGCAAACAUGUACCACGAGCUAUAUUUAUUGAUUUAGAAUCAAAUGUUAUUGAUGUAAUACGAUAUGGUAUAUAUAAAGAAUUAUUUCAUCCAGAACAAUUAAUUACUGGUAAAGAAGAUGCUGCUAAUAAUUAUGCAAGGGGUCAUUAUACUGUUGGUAAAGAAAUUAUUGAUUUAGUAUUAGAACGUAUACGUAAAUCUACGGAACAAUGUAAUGGUUUACAAGGAUUUUUAAUAUUUCAUUCAUUUGGUGGUGGUACUGGUUCUGGUUUUACAUCAUUAUUAAUGGAACGUUUAAGUGUUGAAUAUGGUAAACGAUCUAAAUUACAAUUUGCUAUAUAUCCUGCACCACAAAUUGCUACAGCUAUAGUUGAACCAUAUAAUUCUAUAUUAACUACACAUACAACAUUAGAACAUUCUGAUUGUGCUUUUAUGGUUGAUAAUGAAGCUAUUUAUGAUAUUUGCAAAAAGAAUUUAGGUAUUGGACAUCCUACUUAUACGAAUUUAAAUAGAUUAAUUGCUCAAAUAGUUAGUUCAAUUACAGCUUCAUUACGUUUUGAUGGUGCAUUAAAUGUUGAUUUAACAGAAUUUCAAACAAAUUUAGUACCAUAUCCACGUAUCCAUUUUCCAUUAGCUACUUAUGCACCAAUUAUUUCAUCAGAUAAAGCUUAUCAUGAACAAUUAACUGUAUCUGAAAUAACUAAUUCAUGUUUUGAAUAUGGUAAUCAAAUGGUUAAAUGUGAUCCAAGAAUAGGUAAAUAUAUGGCAUGUUGUUUAUUAUAUCGUGGUGAUGUUGUACCAAAAGAUGUUAAUGUUGCUAUAGCUAAUAUUAAAACAAAAAAAUCAAUACAAUUUGUUGAUUGGUGUCCAACUGGUUUUAAAGUUGGUAUUAAUUAUCAACCACCAACAAAUGUACCUAAUGGUGAUUUAGCUAAAAUUCAACGUGCUGUAUGUAUGUUAAGUAAUACAACUGCUAUAUCUGAAGCAUGGGCACGUUUAGAUAGAAAAUUUGAUUUAAUGUAUUCAAAACGUGCAUUUGUACAUUGGUAUGUUGGUGAAGGUAUGGAAGAAGGUGAAUUCACUGAAGCACGUGAAGAUACAGCUACAUUAGAAAAAGAUUAUGAAGAAGUUGGUUGUGAUACUAUUCUAUUAGAUAAUAACAAUGAUGAUGAUGAACAAGAAUUUUAAUUUAUUGAUCAAUUAAGUUUGAUUGAAUUAUAAUUAUAAAGUACAUUAUUGAUUAUUGAUUAUUAUUAUUAUUAUAGUUAUUAUUAUUAUUAUUGUAUCCACUGGAUACUUUAUCAAAUCCAUAACACGUGAAUAUGAUGUAUCCAUCUUAGUAACAAAAAUAUAAAAAGAAAUAGUACUUUAGAAUAGUUUUUUUUUGUUUUUUGUUGUUGUUGUUUUUUUUUGUUUUUUUUUAAAAAAAGUAUAUUCUAUUGUCAUAUGCGGUGAAAUUUUGAAUGAACACUUAUGUGUUACCAUGUUGUUGUUGUGGUGGUGGUUGUUUUUGUUGUUAUUGUUGUUUUCUAAUGAUUUUAACAUUAGAUCCGAUUUUUUGACAAGUUUUUCUAUAUGAAUCAAAUCAAUAUUAUAUACACAUAUAUAUCACAACUUAAUCAUAUUGUGGUAUGUGUUUGUGUGUAUGAGUGUGUUACUUAUAUCGAUAUGAGUAGUAUAUAAUGAUAGUUAAGAUUAGGAUGUCUAACAGUAGAAGAUCAAGAAAGAAAGAAUAGCUAUAGAAAGUAAUUGGGCUAAGAUUCUCAUUUCUGGGCAACCAUUGGACGAAUCUUCAGUGACCUUGAGAAGUAUUAACCAAUCAGCAAACAGUACGUACUGAGUAAAAAUAUAUUGUACAGAACCAAAGAAAUAAAGUGGAUACACUUCUUAUAUGUGGUUCAAAUACUAGUCAAG